AUGUCUACCACCACCACCACCAAGAAAGCCCUCCUCCUCGGCGCCGGCUUCGUCUGCGGGCCCGUCAUCCAAGCCCUCUCUGAAGCAGGCGUUCACGUCACUAUCGCCUGUCGCACUCUGCAGAGUGCUCAGGCUCUAGCCAGUAACUACAAAAACACAACAGCCAUCGCCCUCGACGUUUCCCGCGACGCUGCGGGCCUGAACGACGCCAUCACCAACACAGACAUCAUCAUCUCCCUCAUACCCUACAUCUACCACGCCACAGUUGUGGAGGCCGCUAUCACGCAUCGCAAACCCGUCGUCACAACCAGCUACAUCUCCCCCGCGCUAUGGGCGCUCGAUGAAAAAGCCAAGUCUGCAGGAGUGACAGUGCUCAACGAAAUCGGUCUAGAUCCGGGCAUCGACCACCUGUACGCUGUCAAGACAAUCGACGAGGUGCAUCGUGCGGGAGGGCAGAUCCGAUCGUUUACAAGCUGGUGUGGUGCGCUUCCUGCUCCUGACAAUGCGGAUAACCCGCUGGGGUAUAAGUUCUCGUGGAGUCCGCGGGGUGGUCUCCUUGCGUUGCUGAAUUCGGCACAGUGGUACAAGAAUGGGGAGCUGGCUACGGUGGAAGGGAAGGACUUGAUGGCUGCUUCAGAGCCACAGAGUAUAGUUGAUGGCUUUGAUAGCCUAGUCGGGUAUCCGAAUCGGGACGCGGUUGGGUUUCGUGAAUUCUAUCGUAUUCCUGAGGCGGGUACUGUGUUUCGCGGAACUCUGCGCUAUGCUGGGUUCCCGGAGAGUAUUCGUGCCUUGGUGGCUAUUGGGUACUUUUCGCAGGAUGAGAUGUCUGCAUUGAGCAGCACAGCAUCCUCCUCUGUUACUUGGCUGCAGUUGACUGCACAAUUGCUGGGUCUGUCGGUCGAAUCCUCCGAAGAAACUGUACAGGAUGCUGUGGCGAAGAGGGUAGCUUCUUUUCUGUCGACCGAAGAAGUCAGUCGUGUGAUCACUGGUCUUCGUUGGAUUGGCUUAUUCGAUGCGAGUGCUGUGGAUGGGCGUGGUACGCCUCUUGACACACUGUGUGCAGUAUUGGAACGGCGGAUGGCCUACGAGCCAGGCGAGAGGGACAUGAUCAUUCUGCAACAUGCGUUUGACAUUGAAUAUGCGGGUGGGUCAAAGGAAAAGAGAACGAGCACGCUCGUUGAAUACGGAGAGCCAACUGCUCCCGGGUCGCGCAGUGCUAUGGCGAAAUUGGUGGGAUUGCCUUGUGCAGUGGGCGUACUGGCAGUGUUGGAGGGUCGGAUUUCGCAGAAGGGAAUGGUGGCACCGUGGACGACAGUAGAGAUAGCGCGUUUGCUGCGUGAGGAACUUAAUGAGCGGUUUGGAAUCACGUUGGAGGAGAGGGUAGUCGGAUAG